UUCAUCGCUUUUGCCUCUCUAUUCUUCAUCCUAGUUUCAAUCACAACUUUUUGCCUGGAAACGCAUGAGGCUUUUAAUACUAUUAUAAACAAAACUGAGCAGGUCAUCAACGGAACAGAAACUGUGCUACAGUACGAAAUUGAGACAGAUCCUGCCCUGACGUACGUGGAAGGAGUCUGUGUGGUAUGGUUUACUUUUGAAUUUUUAGUACGUGUGGUUUUUUCCCCCAACAAACUUGAAUUCAUCAAAAACCUCUUGAAUAUCAUUGACUUUGUGGCCAUCCUGCCCUUUUACCUAGAAGUGGGCCUGAGCGGGCUCUCCUCCAAAGCUGCUAAGGACGUGCUUGGUUUCCUCAGGGUGGUAAGGUUCGUGAGGAUCCUGCGAAUCUUCAAGCUCACCCGGCACUUUGUGGGCCUCAGGGUGCUAGGCCACACUCUGCGAGCCAGCACCAACGAGUUUUUGCUGCUGAUAAUAUUCCUGGCUCUUGGUGUUUUGAUAUUUGCCACCAUGAUCUACUACGCAGAGCGGGUGGGAGCCCAGCCUAAUGACCCGUCAGCGAGUGAGCACACACAGUUCAAAAAUAUCCCUAUCGGCUUCUGGUGGGCUGUAGUCACCAUGACCACCCUCGGAUAUGGGGAUAUGUAUCCACGGACUUGGUCAGGCAUGCUGGUGGGAGCCCUGUGUGCGCUGGCGGGGGUGCUCACCAUAGCCAUGCCCGUACCUGUGAUAGUUAACAAUUUUGGGAUGUACUACUCCCUGGCCAUGGCAAAGCAGAAACUGCCGAGGAAGCGGAAGAAGCACAUCCCUCCUGCUCCUCAAGCCAGCUCUCCUACCUUCUGCAAGACAGACUUGAACAUGGCCUGCAAUAGCACACAGGGUGACAUCUGCCUGGGCAAGGACAACCAGCUGAUGGAGCACAACAGAUCAUCAGUGUUAUCAGGUGAAGACAGUGCAGGAAGUGAGCAGCCACUCUCACCUGGUGAAAGGCUCCCUCCCAUCAGACGCUCUAGUACAAGAGACAAACACAGAAGAGGGGGAACAUGUUUCCUACUGACGACAGGUGAUUACACGUGUGCUACUGAUGGAGGGAUCAGGAAAGUGUUGUACAGAAUUUAUCAUGGAUUUUUGACUGCUGAAAAAGGGACAGUGGAAUUUAGCCAUACCAAGGACUGUACUGGAAAGAGACUGCUGCUGCUGAAUGGGCCCUGAUAAACAACUCACGCCUUGAGGAGGUCACUGAGACUUUACAUGCGAAGUAGAGCUUGUUAAAGAAGAUUAAAGACUGCUCAUAAUUACUGCUACUGGAGGAAGGGGUGACUAGUCACUGUUGAUGAGUCAGCUGUAAAUAAAACGUGUGUGCAUGGAAUAUCAGUUUUUAUCUAUAUCAAGGAAAGCUGAAUUCAAGUCAUCAUUGCUAAGGCUCCAUGCAAAGAUCCACACCCCUGUGUGUAUUCUUCCUGGUUCCUGCAGUAAGUUGUGCUGUGGAUCAUACAAAGACACACGCUUAAUAACAAUAGUGAUGUAAACUACAUCUGUCUUGACUUCUGUCAUAAUAAUGGUGUAUUUUGCAACGGUCACAAAUAUGAACAGAGUAGGUUUGCAUAAGUCCUUGCUUUCUCAGUUUGCCAUGACCUAUAUUUGUAUGAAUUCUAGUGUACAUGCCAAGUCUUAAGUUUACUUUUCACUUUGAUAACAGAAAUGUGACUGCAGACAAACAUCACCGACUUUGUUCACAGCACACAGUCUUCUUGCAUUGUUACCUCAAACUAUAAGUAUUAUGAG